AUGCCAUACCUUGUCGAGGAUUCCUGGAUUAACGACCAGGCUUCCACGCACGAUAUCUCCGAGCUUCAAGGAUGCGCCAUCGCUGUUGAUGCAACCUAUUACCUCGCUCAGCUCCUCGAGACACCUCCUGCCCAUGAACCUCUGUUGUCAGCGUUAGGCGGCCUUACUGGGGUCGAGGCGCACAUAAAACAGAACCUUGAUCUAUGGGCGAAAUUCGAGAUUGUUCCUUUCUUUGUUUUCGACGGCCAGUCCGUGACCGGUCAGGAUGACAUCACCUUGAACCGCGCCCUCAAGGCCAACAAGAAGACAGAUGAGGCCUGGAAGUUGUACUCUGAGGGGGCCGCUGAGGAGGCGGUGUCAACUUUUGGUACCAGUCCAGGCGCUUUUCGCAUUCAGAACCUCUACCCAUUGCUUAAAACAGUUCUCAAGGACCGCGAGCUUCACUUCUUGGUUGCGCCCUACGCUGCAUGCGCCCAGAAACAGCUUGCUUACUUUGAGAUGGUCGAUUCAGACCAGUGCUCAGGCGUGAUGGGUUCUCAGGAGCUUCUUCUGUAUCCCGUCAAGGACUCUGUCAUCCGAUCGUUCGACUGGGAGGCCAAGACCGUCACUGCAGUUUCCAAGAAGAAGGUCAUGCGCAGCCUCACGCCCACUGCUAGCGAGCCUAGGUUCAUUGACUCGUUUUUGAUGGCCGGCACAUCUUUUCUGCCCCCUUUCCCUGCUCUGCUGGAUGGCUCAAUGUACUCGGACUACAACAUCUCAACUGCUGCUAAUCUGUUGAGGACUGCGGAGAACAGCGUCGCCACUGCCUGCGCCAGCUUUAACGAUAUACUGCAAAGCAAUGAUGCUGACUGGCUUGACAAGUACCGCAAGGCAAGAAUGGUCGUUCAUCACUUUGUUUACAUCGCUGAGAGCGGUGAGAUCCGUGUCAACGACUAUGAACAUCUGACUAGCGACAACCACGAGUACCUGGGUCUCCAGCUCCCAGCUGAACUAUUCCACUAUCUCAACAUCGGCUUGGUCGGACCUCGCCUGCUGGGUAAUAUCACUCACGGACAAGUCCUCAUCCAGCCGACUUUGGACGGAGUCGCCUCGGAUGAGUACAAGAAGUUAGUCACCGACAUAAUAGUGCCUAUCAAAGAACAGGCUCUUUCUCUGUUGAUUCCCAGACUCCACCGCGGUAUUCAACACAAGAACAUCAAGGUGCGCGUCUGGUUUGAUUCUAAAUACUCAUACAGUAUCAACCACCGCUCUGUCAAUCCUCCCCCAUCAUCAAAGGUUGCAUCCUGGAAUGUCAAGGACGAUGAUCUUCAUGAGAUUUUCCCAGAAGGGUUUGCAGGCCCUGUGAUGCUGGAAGUUUUGUCUCUCGUUAACUCCGAUUUUGUGGCAAAGACAUUCUCUCAUGGGUCCAUCAAGGGAAUUGACAGCACAGACAUGGUGACUUCAGUGGCCAUUUGGCGAUUCCUUCAUUUGAGAGGGUAUGCUGAUGAUAAACACCGACUAACACAGUGGGGUAAUGCUUUGGCAACCACCCUCAUCAGCCUUCAGGAUGUUGAAACGGCCAAUCCUGAGGUGACUGGCCUGUCAGAAGCAGCCCUGCUCGCUUUCGAAUUGAUCCGAAGUGGCCUUUUGACAGGGAAACACACUGAAGGUCAGGCGGGUUUGCCCCGCAAGGGUUCCUAUGAGGAAAAGGCAUCCCUCGUGCUGAUCAGCGAGUGUGCGUCAUUGUUGAAGCUUCGACAUCAAGUCUACGGCUACACUGGUCCUCUUAACAAGAACCUUCUGAGCUUCUGGUCCAUGGCUUCAGCAGUUAGGGAAGCUGAUCGUGAUCUGAUUGAAGCUAUUGUGGCAUCGAUGUUCUUGUAUGGACAGUCGAAACGAGAAAGGGAUGAUGAGCUGGAUAUUAGUCGACGUCUGCCUUUCCAGCAGGAGCCUGAUAUCGGCCUCGGCAUUGCUAUACGGACUUUCUUUGACGAAGAUGAGGCUAGUGAGGACAAGGAGGGUCGAUUACAGCGACUGGAGGAGUUCCCUAAGACAUUCGUGCCCUUCGCCGAGUCUUUGACUGAGGACUUCCGAGUUGUGCGUGACUUCAUCGACGCACUGGCUAAUGGCGUGCAACUGCUGGGCGCGGACGAACUACGGGAGGAGGACAAGGACGUUUGGACAAAGGCGCAGACGUACCUUGCAGCGCGACCUUUCUAA